AUGAUAUGGUCGUCAUUGGAGCCGGUACGUUGUCACGCAAUCAUCCCAACAUCUUCUCGGACUCAACACACUGAUGACCAAUGGCUUCCAGGUUGGUUCGGACUGGCGGCCGCAAAGACAUACAUUGAGCUUCACCCGACCGAAGACAUCAUUGUCCUGGAAGCUGAGAGCAGCUGUGGCGGCACGUGGACUUUGCCACUCUGGAGCUCCGUCCCAGGACUAAAGUCGAAUAACCUGCAUAGUAGCUACGAGUAUCCCGACUUUCCGAUGGUGCCAGAGAACUAUGGCAUCACACACGACGAUCACAUUCCUGGACGAGUAUUGCAUCGCUACCUGACUGACUUCGCGAAGAAGUUUGGUGUUUUCAGCAGGACGAGAUUCAACACUAGAGUCGAGUCUUUAGAGCCUACCCCAGAUGGCGGCUGGAAGAUUGAGACUACUGCGGGCGAGAAACAGAGCACUGUGUACAGCAAGAAAGUCAUCGUCUCUACCGGUCUGACUUCGCAACCCAAUUUUCCACAAUACCCUGGAGCAGAGACAUUCAAUGCACCAUACUUCCAUGCCAAGGACUUCUGCCGGCGAGGUGACACGAUCAAGUCAGCAAAGAAGGCUGUAGUGGUUGGCGGUGCUAAGUCUGCCAUGGAUGUGGCGUUCGCAUAUGCAAACGAGGGUGUAGAGGUUGACAUGGUAAUCAGACCUUCUGGCAACGGACCGGUCUGGAUCUCAUAUCCGUACGUCAUGGGCGGCAAGAGAUUAGAGAAGCUCCUUCAUGUGCGAUGGAUGACGUGGUUCUCUCCAUGUCCUUGGGGAGGCGAGGAUGGCUGGAAAUGGCCAAGAAAAUUCCUUCAUGGCACUGCUGUCGGACGAUUCCUGGUGGAUAAAUUUUGGUCAGGUCUUGGUGGAGAAGUGGUGGCAGCAAACGGCUACGACUCACAUCCUGAGCUGCAAAAGCUCAAGCCAUGGCAGCCGGCCUUCUGGAUUGGCUCUGGGCUCAGCAUUCACAACUACGAUCGUGACUUCUUUGACAUGGUCAAGCGAGGCGAGGUCCGGAUACACAAUGCCGACGUCGAGCGCCUUACUGAUCAUACCGUCCAUCUCACAGAUGGCACAGAUCUCGAAGCCGAUGUCUUGGUCUGCUCAACUGGCUGGAAGAAGGAGCCAUCCGUCAAAUUUCUCAACUUCGGCACAGCUGGCAUUGGUCUCAAACAAACUCCAACAGAACAAGCCAAGCUGGUCACCCAAUACGAUGAAGAGAUCCUCACUCAAUUCCCAAGACUACGAGCUCAGCCACCUCUCAACUUCAAGCCCAAGAAUGAUCCAUUCCGCCUUUACAGAUUUAUGGUCCCUCCAGCACGCAUUAACGACCGCAAUAUCGCUUUCGCCGGUAUGGUCUCCUCCGUCUCAACAGCUAUCUGUGCCAGCGUACAGGGUCUCUGGAUCUCUGCGUUCCUUGAUGGUCGCCUCUCACGACUACCCACUUCCGAUGAAGAGAUCACGAGAGAAAUCAUGACCCACACUCAAUGGGGCAAGUGGAGAUAUCCUAGUGGUUAUGGUGCCAGCUUGCCUGAUUUUGUCUUCGAUGCAAUACCAUAUACCGACAUGAUGGUGAAAGAUCUUGGUUUGAAUCCGAACAGGAAACAAGGCUGGGCUGAUUUGACGGAGCCUUACGGACCACCGGACUACGAGGGCUUGAUUGACGAGUGGACUCAGAGUAAGCCACAGGCGAAAGCAUGAAGAUAGAAAGUGCAUUAUGAUUUCCUGGCGAGCUCGAUUGAUUUAUUAGUGCUGCAUGUUAUUUAGCGUUUGAAAAGGUAGAGUCUGAAGACGAUGGAAUUCCUCAAAC